AUGACGACGACGGCAGCGACGACGCUGACGGCCCAGCUGCUGCAGCGCUCGCUGCCCCACAUCCCCUCGUACGGCUUCACGCAGCGGUGCGUGGCCGCGUCCAACCCGGACGUGGCGGCGCACACGAUCUCGUCGCUCUUUCCGGGCCCGGAUACGGCGUCGACGUCGGCGCCGCGUCGCCUCUUCCACGCCUACGACGAGCAUGCGCUCCACUCCGUCCUGCCGUCCCUGGACGAGGGAGCGGGGAGGGAGGUGAGGAUGUCCCCGCCCAGCGAGCAAGAGGAACGAAAGAGGUACGACGAUGUCGUCGAAAAGCUCGUCGAGCGGUUACGCCGCAGCUGGGACGUCAGGGGUGCACUGGUCGACGGCCUGGCCAACGAGGCGCGCCACCCGAUAACGCACCUGCUCCCACUGGGCCGCUGGUCGUUCGAUACGAUCCCGACGCCACUGCCGCUGCUGCAACGCAGCCAGGCCAUCACGGCGCGCAUCCUGACCCACCCGUCGCUGCGGUACGCCGAGUCGGACACGACGCAGUGGUACGCGACGCGGGCGCGCCUGGCGUUUGCCUUUGUCGUCGCCGAGCUCCACGUGGCGAGCCAGCGCGCCGAGUGCGAGGCGUCGCAAGACCUGCUGCGCCGCGUCGCCCACGCGCGCGAUACGAGCGUGCUCAGCGACGUGCUGCGGCUCAGGGGCGACGCCAACGAGUGGAUCCGAUGGGGCGGCAGGGGAUGGGUGGGCACGCUGAGGAGUUGGGGUCUGUAG